AAAAACUGCAUGUGCCCAUACCUGAAAACGAAAUAGUUCGGGAACUACGCCUUUUUAGGACAGAAAUGUCUGAUAUACGUCAGCAGUUUGUCAACUUUAAUGCUCAAAUGGAACGGUUGUUAACAUCUGUGGACGGCCUUACAAAACGUGUGGAGUGCAUAGAAAAUAAGGUAUCUGUGCUGGAGAACAAAUAUGCAUCAAACGACGUAACUGGUCUUGUCGAUACGGUCGAGAGGCUCAAAUUUGAUUUGAAUGACCGCGAGCAGGAACUUUUACUCACAGAUGUGGAAAUCACGGGCCUCUCGGAGGCUAAUGGCGAAAACCCAAUGCAUCUUGUGUGCCUCGUCUCUAAAAAACUAGGCGUCGAGCUAGAGGAGAGGGACAUCGUGAGUGCUGUACGUGUAGGACCCAAACGUGGCAUGACGGAGGGAGCAGCACCGGUGAAGCCACGACCGCUAGCUGUGCGGCUUUCACGCCGCGCGCAGCGAGACAAUAUGCUGCGCGCCGCACGUGUCCGCCGCGGGGUCAAUACCGAAGGCUUUGAGUUACCGGGCCCGACAGAUAGGUUUUAUGUCAAUAAACGCUUGACUAAAACCAACAGGCAACUCUUCUACGACACUCGUCAGGCAGGUACCAAGGGAUGGAAAUACGUGUGGACUCGGGACGGACGAAUUUACGCGCGGAAAAAAAAUGACACCGAAGCUCGUCGUAUCAGAUGCGAGGCGGAUAUAAAAAAAUAUUUUUUUGGUGCUCUAAAAGUAAAGUAA